UUCACCGAGGGGCAGGGGGCUCUGCUGGACCCCGCUCAGAGAGCCCUCUACAGGGAUGUCAUGCAGGAGAACUACGAGAUGGUGGCCUCACUGGGAUUUCCCAUUCCAAAACCUGACCUGAUCGCCUGGCUGGAACGAGGGGAAGAGCCGUGGGUCCUGGAUAUUCAGAUCUCUGAGGAAUCGGAGAUCCCGAGAGGCAGCUGCAGAGCAGUUGAUGAGACUAUGAUGAGUGAGAGCAAGGAGAAGAAUCCACCAGAGGAAGAUCCCGAGAAAGUGGAACUGCAGGGGAACUUUUUGAGAGGAGCUGAAGGGAAUUUUUCCCAAUCCUUGGAACAGGGAAAAGCUUGGAGGAGUCGGCAGAGAUCAGAGAGGCAGCUGGGAAACCACCCAAUAAAGAAAGUGGAUGAAUCCAUUGAAGGUGGGGCAGGAUGCAAGGACCCCAGGGAAACCACAGCCCUGCAGACAAAUCACAAGGAAAGGAAACCUUAUAAGUGUCUCAACUGUGGGAAAAGUUUCAAUCAAAAAUCAAACCUUAUCACUCAUCAGAGAAUCCACACAGGAGAGAGACCGUAUAAAUGCCUGGACUGUGGGAAAAGCUUCAGUCAGAGCUCACACCUUAUUGCGCAUCAGAGAGUACACACAGGAGAGAGACCCUAUAAGUGUCUCAACUGCGGGAACAGUUUCGCCCAGCGAUCCAUCCUUAUCAGACAUCAGAGAAUCCACACUGGAGCUAAACCUCACAAAUGCCUCGACUGUGGGAAAAGUUUCGCUCACAGAUCAACCCUUAGUUCACAUCGGAAAAUCCACACAGGAGAGAAACCCCACAAGUGCUUGGACUGUGGGAAAAGCUUCAUUCAGCGAUCAGCCCUUACUACACACCAGAAAAUCCACACAGGAGAGAAAGUCUACAAAUGUUUGGACUGUGGGGAAAGUUUUACUCAGCGAUCAAACCUGAUUUCACAUGAGAUGAUCCACAAAGGAGAGAAACCCCAUAAAUGCUUGGAUUGUGGGAAAAGCUUCCGUGACAGCUCAGACCUUCUUAAACAUCAGAGAAUCCACACAGGAGAGAGAAUCUACAAAUGCCCCAACUGUGGGAAAAGUUUUACUCAGAGAUCAACCCUUACGAGACAUCAGAAAAUCCACACUGGAGAUAAACCCCACAAAUGCCUCUACUGUGGAAAAAGCUUCAUUCGGAGAUCAACCCUUACUACACACCAGAAAAUCCACACAGGAGAGAAACUCUGUAAAUGCUUGGACUGUGGGGAAAGUUUCACUCAGCAAUCAAAUCUGAUUUUACAUGAGAUUAUCCAUAAAAGAGAGAAACCUCAUAGAUGGUUGGAUUGUGGGAAAAGUUUCAUUCAGAGUUCAAACCUGAUUUCAUGUGAUAUGAGCCACAAAAGAGAGAAACCCCAUAAAUGCCUGGAUUGUGGGAAAAGCUUCCGUGACAGCUCAGACCUUCUUAAACACCAGAGAAUACACACAGGAGAGAGAAUCUACAAAUGCCUGGACUGUGGGAAAAGUUUCAUUCAGAGAUCAACUCUUACCAGACAUCAGAAAAUCCAUGCUGGAGACAAACCCCACAAAUGCCUCAACUGUGGGAAAAGUUUCACUCAGAGAUCAACCCAUAUUAGACAUCAGAAAAUCCAUACUGGAGAUAAAUCUCACAAAUGUCUCAACUACAGGGAAAAGUUUCAGGCAGAUAUCAGGCCUAAUUUCACGUGAGAUGAUCUACAAAAGAGAGGAAAGCCAAAAAGGCUUGGACUGUGGAAAAAGCUUCAAGAACAGCUCAACGCUCACUGAAACACCAGCGACACCACACAAGAGACAACUCUUAGAAAUACCUUGACCGUGGGAAAAGAUUCAUUCAGAGCUUACCCAUUAUCAUACAUUGAAGGGUCCCCACAAGAGAGAGGCUUUGAAUGUGGGGGAAGCUUCAUUUGGUGCUCUAGGAGUAUAAAGCAGCAGCAAACCCACCCAGAGUAGAGACCCCUUAGGGCAGGGGUUGGCAAACUACGGCCCGUGGGCCAGAUCCUGCCCCUCAGGGCUUUGGAUCCGGGCCACAGGAUUGCCCCCUGUGGUGCCGCAGACCCUGCGCUGCUCUCAGAAGCAGCUGGUACAACAUCCCUGCGGCCCCCGGGCAGGGGGGCAGAGGGCUCUGUGCGUUACCCUUGCCUCCAGACACCGCAACCCGCAGGAUUCCCCUGCCAUGGAGAUAAGGAAAAGGACACUUGGGCCAGGCCCCACCUUCACUCUACACACCUGUCCCCACCUUCCACCUGCCCCUGGGCUGGGCUCCCCCACUCCCUGCAGGGGGAGUGUCCCUGGGUGCUGGUUACACCUUCCCUCCCCAAAUCCCCCAGGGUGCUUGGCUCUGGAGGAUCAACCGUUAAGGGAACAAGGUGAUGGGUUCUGGGAAGAACACUGGGGAUUGAAUGGCUGGGGCUGGUUUAGCUGGGAAGCAGGGGGAGCUGGGUGCUGGGGCUAUCGAGUGUUUGGGGAUGAUGGGAUCAGAGGUGAGGGAGAGCACAGGGGUAGAGAGGUGCUGCCUCAUCACUCACCCCCUCUGCCCCUCUUCCCUGCCCCCGCUGCAUUCAGACAGCACCACUGAGGGGCUGAUUCCCACAGGGCCUUUUGUGUGGGGAGAAGUAGUAGGGAUUAGCUAGCACAUAUCCUCUGCCCCUCCCCCAUUCUUUCUGGUCAAACUGACCCUGAGCAUCUUACUGAUUCUGAGCCCCCAUUAGCAAAGUGAUUGUCUCAGUCAUUAAGUUCUCCUGCGGGGAUCUUGUCCCCUUCCCAGAUCCUCAUCUUACUGUCCUCCAGGGUGCUUUGUGGAAGGCUGGGGCUAGCGCACCCUGUGACAGACUGAACUUUGGGUUGAAGAUCUAGUUUAUCAGCUAGAAAAGGGAACUUCUAAUGAGGGUAGGUCCUAGUUCAACCUUUCUGAUUUUGGUUUUGCACACGACCAUGUGACUCCAUCCCUCCUGUUUCUGUUUGGGUCUCUUGUCUCUCUUCAAAUAAAUUUCCUUUUCUUUUGCUGUCA